AUGGCUCCAGAAUUCGACAUCACCCCUGAGAAGCAGUCGGGCCUGCUGUACUUCUGGAAGCAGCAGAUCAGCUACAAGCCCACAGAAGUACAUGAUGUCGACCUCAAGGGAUGCACAGCCAUCAUCACCGGCUCCAACACUGGAGUCGGCUUCCAAACCUCGCAGCAGCUCCUGAACCUCGGGCUUAGCAGGCUGAUCCUCGCCGUCCGGAGCGAGGAGAAGGGCAAGGCCGCCGCCGCCAAGCUUGCCUCUGGCCGCGACUUGGCCGAGGGUGCGAUCGAGGUCUGGCUGCUGGACCAGUCCUCAUACGAGUCUGUUACUGCCUUCGCCAACAGGGUCAGAGGCCUCGACCGCUUGGAUUUCGUAAAUCUGAAUAUUGGCAUCGCUCCUACCAAGCGUGAAUUCAACAAGCAUACCGGCCACGACGAGGUGAUCCAGGUCAACUACCUGUCCACCGCCCUGAUAGCCAUUCUCUUGCUCCCAAUCGCCAAGGAGAAGAGGGCAAACCAGCCGCGACCCACCCGUAUCACCUUCACAUCCUCCGAGGCGGCAUGCUGGACCAAGUUCAAGGAAAAGGACGUCAAGGGCGAGCGGCUCCUCAAGGUUCUCGACAGGCAGGAUGGCAAGGUAGACAUGGCGGACCGCAUGUGGCUGUCGAAACUACUCGGGCAAUUCUUCAUCGCCAGACUCGCAGCAGAGGUCCCCCCAUCUGUCGCCUUGAUUAAUUGCGCCUCUCCAAGCGCGAUCCACGACUCCGAGUUCAACCGCGACUUUGACAAGACGGCCGGUGGUGCGGUGUUCAAGAUGAUCCUGAGAUUACUGGCCAACUCCUCGGCCGUGGGGGCGCGAAUGAUAACCGAUGCCAUCGUCAAACACGGGGAGGAAACCCAUGGGCGGUUCCUUUCAUUUCAGAAACUUGUACCAAUGGCUCCUAUCGUCUACACCGAGGAAGGGCGCCAGAUCUCUGAGCAACUGUGGGAAGAUACGUUGGCCGAACUUUCGUUCGCCAAUGUUUCAGGCAUUCUCGAGGAUUUGAGACACUGA